AUGGCAGCCACCUUGGAGCCCAAGGACGACCCCAAGAGUCAUCUCACUGAAUCUGGACAUGCCACUCCGAGAACCGCCGCCCGUCCUGGAACCAUCCUAGAGGACUUCAAGAACGACGGCAGGCCCGUCAUCGCGAUUGACAUGGAUGACGUUCUCUCGCAAACGAACGAGGUAGUUGCCGAAUGGCACAACUCCGCAUACGGAACCAGCAUGACUCUGGAUGACUUCUACUACUACUACUACUGGAUGAACCCCUACUGGGGCGACCCGGACGAGACGAUCCGCAAAGUCGAAGAAUUCUGGAAGACAGACUACAUCGACAUCGCGCCUCCAGUCGCGGGCGCGUACGACGUCCUGCUGAAGCUCACCGAAAAGGGCUACCGGCUCGUCGUGGUGACCGCACGCCAGCUCCGUGAGCUCGAUAGGAGCAUCGUGUGGGUCGAGAAGAACCUCCCCGGCCUCAUAGACACCUUCAUCUGCACGGGGCAGUCGAUGGAGACACUCGCGGACCAGAAGGAGCUGGCCACCAAGCUGUCGAAAGCGGACGUCUGCCGCAAGAUCGGCGCGAAGUUCUUGAUCGACGACUCGGUGGAGAACGCGCUGAAGUGCGUGGUCGCAGACCCGCCCGUGCCCGUGCUGCUGUUCGGCGAUUAUUCGUGGAACACCCGCGUAGGACGCUACAGCGAUAUCACGAAGGAGACGAGCUUCGAGGAGAAGCUGAAGCGCGAGGGCGGGCGCGAGUUUUGGAAGGAGGACAGUGCAGCUCUGGAGAAGGAGAUCCCGCCUAGCGCGCCUUUGACGAGGGUGAAGGACUGGAAGGAGGUCCUCGAGUGGGUAGAGAAGAAGACAGCAGAGGGAAAACUGUAG